AUGGAAAAUAUUCGAGUCUUAGUUAGGGUUAGGCCAUUAAAUUACAGAGAAACUCAUUUGGGUGCAAAUGCUUGUGUUUCUACAACUGCUAAUUCCAUUACAUUGGAUAAUAAGAAAGAAUACUCUUAUGAUCAUGUAUUGGGUGCUGAUUCUACUUAAGAGUAAGUAUUUGACAAGAUCGGCAAUUCUACACUUCAAUCAUUUCUUGAUGGUUUGAAUUGCUGCAUUUUCGCCUACGGUUAAACAGGUGCUGGCAAGACUUACACAAUGCAAGGAAAGGGUUAUGAUGACAAUGCACAUGAUAGUGUACAUUUGGGAUUGUAACCACGUCUGAUUCAGCAAUUAUUCAAGGAAUUGCCUAAGGAGAAUAAUUGGGCAAUCAAAUGUACUUACUUAGAAAUUUAUAAUGAAUAAUUGAUUGAUCUCUUAAAUGAUGCCAAACCGAUGCCACUAACAAUCAGAGAAGAUUCUAAACGAGUUUAUGUUGAAAAUAUCACAGAAAUAGCAGCCUCAUCCUUCAAUGAUGUUUUAUCUCUGAUGUAAAGAGGAUUGGCUAAUAGACAUGUUUCAGCAACUCAAAUGAAUUUGGAGAGUUCUAGAAGUCAUUCCAUAUUCACUUUACAAUUGGAAUAGCGAACAAAAGGAAUGUACACAAGGAGAAGUAAAUUGAAUUUUGUCGAUUUGGCUGGAAGUGAAAGAUAAAAAUUAACAGCAGCCACGGGUGACAGAUUAAAAGAAGCAUCUAAUAUCAAUAAGUCUCUUACUGUGUUAGGUUUAGUCAUUAAUUCAUUGGCUGAAAAUCCCAAGAAAUUCAUACCUUAUAGAGAUAGCAAAUUGACUUUCCUAUUAAGAGAAAGUUUAGGAGGAAAUUCCAAAACUGUUAUGAUAGCAACCAUUUCAGCAGCCAGUUCUUCCUUCUAGGAAACUCUAGGUACUUUGAAAUUUGCCUCAAGAGCCAAAAAUAUUAAGAAUUAAGCAGUUGUUAAUGAAGAAGUUGGUGGUAAUUUGGAAUCCUUGAAGGCUGAAAUAAAACGAUUGAAGAAUGAAUUACAAUAAUCUGUGUUUCAAUCUGAGAUUAUUCCUAAAAAAUAAAAGGAGGUUGAAUUGGUUUCACAAAUAAACACUCUCAGUUAUCAAUUAAAUGAAAGUGGGUAAUAUUAGGAUCAGCUGACUAAGGAACUUAAAUAAAUGAAAGAUUAUUAUGAAUCCAGAAUAACUGAAUUGGAAGAUUAUAAUACGAAGAAUCAUAAGUGUUCAUAAUUAGGCAUGCAAGAUAAAGAUUUGCAAUUGGAAUAAGCAUUAAACAUUUAAAAAGAUUUGAAAUAUAAAAAUGAAUUGUUGAAUUAAAGAAUCUUGGAACUUCAGUAAGAGGAAACAAUCUUGAAACACAGAAGGAAUGAAUAAUAAUUGCUUAUCACAUAAUUGGAGUAGAAUUUAUAGAUACUAUAAAAGGACAAGGAAAUGCUGAUGGAAUAAUUUGCAGAGUAAGUUCAAUUAACCUAAAAGUAUGAAACCCAGUUAGAGACAUUCUAAGAAGACAAGGCUUAAUAAUUACAAGAACUUGAAUAUAAAAUCUCGGAACUAACUGACUAAUUAUAAAUCAAUAAAGAUUAGAUGGAUACGGAUGCAGAAACUAUUGAAUUUUAGAGUGGAGAAAUCGAGAGACUAUAGAAUGAAAUUGAAUUCAACAAAUCUUUAGUAGAUAAAUUGUAAUCUGAAUGUUCAGAUCUAAAGGAAUAGAUGCUAUUAAAAGAAACCUUGAUUGAAGAUUAAUUAAAAGAGCUAUUAAAAUGUAAGAAAAGAAGUGAUCUUAACUCAAAAAAGUAUCUAAAGUCCUUAAAAGUCUUAAAAAAGUAGAAGGAGAACUUUACUCAAAUGGAAUAAAAAUAAAUUGAGUUCCUAUCUUAAUUAAAUGUUUCUAUGGAAUUGGAAGAGACAAAGUUGAAUAAUGAUUUUGUUAAGUAGGCAGUAUUAUCAAAAUUUCAAGAUGUCAAGACACAAUUUGAUAAAUAAUAGUAAGAAUCUAACAUACUAAAUGAUGAGAAAACUUAUUACUCAGAUUUAUUUCAUAAAGCUUAGACUAAUUUGGAUGAAGCUAAAAGACAAAAUUAAGAAUUGCUACUAGAAUUAGAAAAAAAUAAAGUAAAUCAGGAGGAAAUAUAAAAGUAUGGAUAAUUGUAAGAAGAGUUUAAGUAUUAAAAGGAGAAGUUGAGUAAGUUCUUAGAUAGUUUCGAUAUCAUUAAUCAAAAGCUAAUUAUGAAAGAAAAUGAAGUACUGAAACUGAGGUCUGAAUUGAAACUAGAGUAAACUUAAAGGUCCAAGUCUUUGGAGGAAAUUGAUAAACUACGAACAGCCAAGAUUGAAUUAUCCAAUUUAAAAACAGAGUUGGAAUAAACCAUAUAAUAGAUUCAAUGUAACAAUCAAAAUGAGGGGGAUGAUAAUAAGCAAAAGAAGCUAUCAGAUAAUGUUCUUAUGUUGUAGAAGGCCAAUUAGAAGCUUAACACUGAUUUAGCUACUUUAUAGAGACAGUAUAAGCAACUGUAAGAGGAGAAGGAUCUAAUGUAAAAAAAAUAUGAAGAAAAACUAAUGUAUUAGGUGGAUAUAAAUAAAUUAAGAAAAGACAUCAAUGUCACUAAUCAAUUGAAACAAUAAUUAGAUAAGAAGGAAAGGGAAUAUCAAUAGCUAUUUGAUGAAACAAAAAUACUCGAGGACUUUUUUAAGAACAUCAAUGUGAAGAGGUUUUGUAAUUAUCAAAUUCAAAAUGAAGGAACAAUAAGUGAGAAAGUAAAAUCAUAUUUCGAAUUUUUGGAUCAAUGCGAGUAAGAAUUCGAAACUAAAUAAUUUCAAUUAAAAACCAAUUUACAAUAGCUGCAUAUCGAAUAGGCGAAUUGUAAUAUAGUUAAAGAAGAAAAUAGAAUGCUAAAAAUGCAAUUAAAAAUGUGA